CCCUGAUCGAACGGCCGAUAAUUCUAUUCGCGUCUCCCCUCGAGGACCUCAUCGCUUCGCUUUAUUCGCGGGUCUACAGCCACCUAUCUCCGGCGAGCUCGAGAGCGCGAGGAGAUCAGCGAUGCCUUCUCCGAUCCAAAACCCUCGCCUCCUCCUCUCCCACCGCUGCCUUCCCCUCCAUUUCCCGCCAAACCCGUUCCCCUUCCCGCCAAAUCCCUGCCGUCUCGUCCACCGCUCCGCCGCCGCCCUCUCCCCCCAGCCCGCCCCCACCCCCGCCUCCCAAAACCUAGCUAUCGCCGCGCCCCCCUCCUCCGAGAUCCUCUCCAUCCGAGAAUCCCUCCUCUCCCGCCGGAGGACGGCGGCGGAGAUCGCUGCUGAGUACCUCGACCGCCUCCGCCGCACCGAGCCGCAACUCCGGAGCUUCCUCCACGUCUCCCAGACGGCGAUGCGGGAGGCGGGAGAGGUGGACCGGUUGGUGGAGAGCGGGGCGGAGCUGGGGCCGCUCACUGGAGUUCUGGUUGCCGUGAAGGAUAACAUUUGCACCGCCGAUAUGCCGUCGACCGGUGGGUCGAGGAUUCUGGGCAGUUAUCGGCCGGCUUUUGAUGCCACGGCGGUCAGGAGAUUGCGGGAGGCCGGAGCGAUUAUAGUUGGGAAGACGAAUUUGGACGAGUUCGGGAUGGGGAGUACCACCGAAGGCUCGGGCUUCCAGGUUACUACAAACCCUUGGGAUGUAUCACGCGUCCCUGGAGGAUCGUCGGGUGGUUCAGCUGCUGCUGUCUCUGCUAGACAAUGCGUGGUAUCUCUUGGAAGUGAUACUGGUGGUAGUGUGAGGCAGCCAGCGUCUUUUUGUGGUGUUGUUGGAAUGAAACCGACCUAUGGGCGGGUCUCUCGAUUUGGGCUCAUGGCUUAUGCAUCGUCAUUGGAUGUCAUUGGAUGCUUUGGUUCUUCAGUCGUUGACACUGCCAUUCUUCUAUCCGCAAUAUCUGGUCAUGACAGAUUAGACGCGACUAGCAGUAAGCAUGAGGUUUCUGACUAUGCACCUCAGUUGGUUUCACUUGAUCAUUUGGAGUCUAAACCUUUGAAGGGACUAAGAGUUGGGGUGAUUCGGGAAACUACUGGAGAAGGUGUGGAUGUGGGAGUGAUGUCCUCUGUUCAGGCUGCUGCUUCACACUUGGAACAGCUCGGAUCAAUAGUCACAGAGGUAUCAUUGCCUUCAUUUUCUCUUGGUUUACCAGCCUACUAUAUCUUGGCUUCAUCAGAAGCCUCUUCUAAUUUGUCACGCUAUGAUGGUGUAAGGUAUGGAUACCAGGCAGCAGCUGAUGAAUUAAGUUCGCUUUAUGGAGAUUCCCGAGCUAAUGGGUUUGGUCCUGAGGUCAAGAUGAGAAUUUUGAUGGGAACAUAUGCUUUGUCUGCUGGAUACUAUGAUGCAUAUUAUAAGCGUGCCCAGCAGGUGAGGACGUUGGUUCGGAAAAGCUUCAAGGAUGCAUUGGAUAAAAAUGACAUUCUCAUUUCACCUGCAGCACCAUCAGCUGCUUAUAAAAUAGGCGAAAAGACCAAUGAUCCACUAGCCAUGUAUGCAGGCGAUAUCAUGACUGUAAAUGUAAACUUGGCUGGGCUCCCUGCACUGGUAGUGCCUUGUGGGUUUGUUGAAGGUGGACCUGCUGGCCUUCCAGUUGGCCUUCAGAUGAUUGGUGCGGCCUUCCAUGAGGAUCUACUACUUGAGUCCAUGUUCCUUUUGACUACACUGUUAGCAUCAAGACCUUAGUCUAACAGGAGAAGUUGCUGCGGGUGGGCCAUAUCUUUGAGCAGACGCUUCAGAAUUACAGAUUCAAUCCACCAUUGUUAGCAGAAAGCUAGACUGUGGAUAGUUUUGUCGCCAGAUGAAGAGGAAGGUUUCAGUAUUUCGUGGCAUAUGAUGGAUCAAAAUAUUAACAUAUCAAAUUUUGUGUAUUUUUUACUUUCUUUAUGUAUUUGCUCUCCUUUUAUUAUAAAUGUAUAUUGAUUACUCUCUGCGUACGCAUGCCGAGCACGUGUGCGGAACGAACCAUCUGACUGAUCUUGUUAUUAAGCUUCUGUUGGUUUACUGCGUAAUAUUUGGCAGUGACGAAGCUAGAAUGCCAUUUCUUCAACAAAGAUGGGUGAUCAACUCAGCAGUUCUUUUGGUUC